AUGGAGAUUGAUUUGAGUAGCACAAGUUCGACUGGGACACAGCAAAAUACUGAUGGUCGUAGCAAACGGCAAAGGGUAGAUGAUGAAUCUAACACAGGUGUUGGUUUCUCAGAUGGUUCCAGCCCGCGACAGAGAACACCACCGAUCAAUUAUGAUUCUGAUGACUCUGUGGAUCCCAACGACAGCGACUCAGAUGGUGAACUCACUCCUGCUGAAAUAGCCAGUCAAAAGCGCAAACUGAAGGCAGGGCGAAAGUUGGCACAGGAAAAGCGAGACCGCGAUUCGAUGGUCGGUCUAUUGGCCAACUCGCAUUCGACACCUGGAGCGGCAACUGCCUUAGCUAGAGCCAUUCAAGAAUAUGUGAAGAUGAUGCUUGGGGUGUAUCGGAAAUCACGCUCAACCUCUUCUAGUUCCGAACCUUCCCUCCCUGAUCCACCGACCGAAGAUGAAGUUCGCAAUUGGGCAACUCGUCAGGAGUCUCGUCAGGACGCUAUCAAGAACGCAAUGGACCGUGCUGUGAAAAAAUACCUCUCAAAGAAACCUGCCGACUUCAAACCGAAUCGAAAGCAAAUCAGGACUGUUGAGAAAGAUGCUGCUCAGAAGGAAAUGCUCUCGGCUCCAUUGUGUCCUGUUAAGUUCGCCUCUCGUCUCUCGUUUAAAUUUGGAUCAAGGUACGAUCAUCGGUGGGGAACUCUAUGCGAAGGUGCACUGGCUUUGGCAGGCUUUCCUCGUUGCACUUUUGACUGGAACGGCAAACCGGAUUCUCCUUGGAACACAGCCAUGUCGCGGAUCAUCCUUCAGGAAUGGGAGAAGUGUCACGAAGCUCACGGUACAAAGGCUUUUGGAAUUGUAGAAUCUGGAAAUACACCUGAAAACCGAAUUGAGAUUAUCCGACGGUGGUGCGAGCAUCAGGCUCCGAAGUUUCGCGAACAAGAAAAGUUGAGUUUAAUGUCACAAACACCUGAGGGUAGGUUGCAAGCAGAUCGGUUGCGCGAAAUGUCCAAGAGUAAGGAUAGACGCAGGCGAGCAAAAACUAGAAUUCACACGGCGCGCCUGGAACUGGCGCAAGGUAUUUUUGGUGGAGCGUCACCCGAAUACUUACUCUUAUCUCAUCCGGAGGUGCACUCUGAAGAUGAAGUAGUGAUUGUCAACGGCUCGGGAUCACGGUGCAAAACCAGACUGGAAUGGCGUAGCGGACCACUCGAUACCUUUGUCAACCUCGUGGAUCAACUUAUCGAAGGGCAGGAGACUAUUCCAAGGAAGAAGGCUCGCGCAAAGGCCAUCAUUGAUCGUGGAUCAUACACUUCAAACGAUCCGGAUACUUUUCCACCUCAAAAGUUCCAGGAAUCUCUUGUGUCAAAUGCAUGGCUUGAUAAGAUGUCAGGCAUCGCAGUUGCAAACUUGAAACUAGUGAAGGCUGAUUCAAUCAACAUUAAGAAAUCAAUCGAGAUUUUGACUAAUUUAGUAUUGCCAAGGGGGGCUGCUCGUGUAGGUGGACAACCGAGUAGUAGUGAAGCGUCAAGUUCAACUCAGGUACCAAUGAUGACUCAAUGA